UCUAUUUCUGUGAUCGGUUGCAGAGUACACACCACGGAAAUCUUCGUGCGCCCCUUUGAAAGGAGCGAGAGCGAGACCCCAUCUCUUUACGGAAACUUCGGGUCACCACUUCGGAGAACCUCUUGCUGGGCAUCUUGGCCUUUGGCGAGAGGUCUGCAAACGGCGCCCCUAGCUAGCGUCCGCGUCUGGGUGAAAACUACAUUACCCAGAUGUCUCUGCGCUGCGCGUCUGCGGCGCUGGGCCAAUGAAGGCCGAGGAGAAGGACGCUCUCAUACUUUGCGAAACCUGUCAAGGAGGGACUUCCGGCGCUCUCCCGGCGGCGGUCAUUUUGGUGACCCUGGGUCGGUCGGCUUGAUCCGGUUAUGCAGCUCUUGGUCCGGCCCGAGGUUUCCAUGGCUUCAGAAACACUUAAUGAGCAAUGCAUAGGUAAGUAAAGAUUGGCUCAGGCCCUCACUCUCCCCAUCUCCCACUCAUGGUCUCCAGGAUGUGUCCUGGGACCCCCUGCCUGCCGCUCUACUGUUGUCAUUGGUUCUGAGGCCUCUCCUCAGACUCAAGACCCUGAAUCCAGGCCAGGGGUUAUAUGGAGGGGUCCCUGGUUUCUGGCCACUAAUAGUCUGUCCUGUAGAAGGUAUUAAAUGUAUGGGAAUCACCCUGUGCAAAUGCUUAGAGGUGAGACUGAGUGGCAACCGCAGUUCUCCAUUACGUCUUAUGGGAUCAGAGAGCCAGGGUGCAGGAGUCAGGCCUGAAAUGGCAGGCUGAGGAACUGUGCCUCUAUGCUGGGGACACUGGGAGCCAUGUAAGUUUUGGAGUAGAAGAGGGUCUGAAUCAGGUCUAAACAGACUUUCUCUGAUCGCAGAGUAGAGAGCAGACAGUAGGAGUGAGGGAGGCUUCUGCAGUACUCUAGAUGAGUGUGGUGACAGCUGGACCAGGUUGGUGGCUGGAUCAGGGUAGUGGCUGUGGAUGGGGGUUUGUGGAUUUGUUUUUAAAGCAGGUCCAACAAAACUUUCUGACUGGAGAGGGCAGUUGUCUAAGUUUUGGCCUUUGCAGCUGGAAGGAAGGAGAUGCCACUAACUGGAAUGGGGAAAUCACUUGUAGGCGUAAUUUUCAAGAGGGAAUAUUAGGAGUUAGAUUUUGGCCAUGUUGAGUCUGAGAAGCAGAGACCCCCCCCCCCCCCGCGCCCAAGUGGAGGCAUUGAGUGGAAAGCUGGACACAGGUCUGGAUUUCAGGGGAAGAAAUCAGGUUGGAGACACCACAAGCUGGUGGCCUGUGUGUGGACUGGGGUGGAGCUGUGAGUCAUUUAGUAGGUGGAGUCUUCAGAUCAUGGUGACAGUGUUGUUAGGGGACAAGGAAGAGGAGGGCCAGAUUGGAGGACUGGGCCUCUCUCUUGAGCACCUGAAUGGGGCUGGUGCACAUCACAAAGGCAGAUGAGGGAGAGUAGUGGCCGUGCGGGAGGAGGUAGGUGUGGGGGAGAGGUGGGUCUGGUAGGGCACCAAGGCUUCCAAGGGGGAGUGCACAUGAUGUGGGUGUGGGAGCAUAGCAGUAAUGGAGGUGAGAUGGCAGUGAGGCCGAGGCCUACUCCCCCCUCUAAAAGCACGCUAGAGUUUUGUGACCUUUGGUGAGGCCUGCAGGGUUUCACUUAGGCUGGCAGAUAAGCUCAGGGGCAAAUGGGUCAGCUGGGAGAGUAGCUAGGCCUGGGCUGGGGGAUGGGAAGUUCUGGGUUUUGAAUGAGGCUUGACUGGAAAGAGGAAGGCUGAGACUGGUGAAGGGACAGCAUGCGUAACAGCAGUAAAGAGAAUUUAAAAAGUAUGUGGCACCUGCAUGUGGCUCUAGGUGGCUGAAGCUGAAGCAAGGAAAGGGCAUGGUGGAGAGGCCUUUAAAGCAGGGCUGGGGCUUCCCCUGCCAGCGUGGGCCAUCGGGGCUCUGGGGCAGGGUGGAUCGUAACUGCGUUUGGCAAGCACUCUCCAGAUGCCUUGUGCAGAGUGGCACGUGGGGAGGCCAGGGAGAUGCCUUUGGUGUGGGCUGAGGUGGAGGAGGUGGCAGUGUUGGUGGGGGGUUGGAAAUGUGGGGGAGGUGUUGUCAGUGGAGUGGUGUGCUCAGUGGGGAGAGUGAGAACUGAAGGUCCCAGGGACUUGCUCCCAGCAGCUUAAAGGAAGAAUACUGAGCCCAUGGUUGGUGUGUCUGGGAGGCAUGAUCUGGGAACCCUUGCGGAACUUGCUGGCAAGAGUGGAGGUGGAGACUUUCAUGCCAUACCCAGUGCUUGGAUGGCAUUUAUUUGCCCACAUGCCUAUCGUGGAUGUGGGAUGGCACAUUGAUCAGUAGGAAAGAGAAUGCUGGCACCAGUGGCAUCUGGGCCUCGUAUAUCCUGAGUUUUGGAGCUGGAGAGGAGUGGGGGCAGGGAGUGGAUGUCUGGGGGACUAACUGAGGGUCCUGGUGAGAGAGGCUGCUCAGGGACGUUGCCUUCCCCAUCAUGGUAGGGCACUGUAACCUUUGAGGAUGUGGCUGUGGACUUGUCUCAGGAGGAGUGGGAGCUUCUUGAUGGGACUCAGAGACUCCUGUACCAUGAUGUGAUGUUGGAGAAUUUUGCACUUGUAGCCUCACUGGGUAAGUCCCUCACACUCAGCCAAGUGUCUUUGACUGGGUUCUUUCCUUCCUUGUUUCUCCAGGGGCCACUCUUUCCUUCACACAGCCAGGCUGUGGACAUUGCUCCCUUCCUGUGUUUUCUUUCAUAGGUGCUGUGGGUGCCAGGCUUGGCUGAGUGUACUUUCCCAUCCUCUCCCAAGCAACCCUUCAGCAUCCCUGAAGCCUUUCAGGGAAGGAUAUGGGAGUAGGAAGUCUGCAAUGAAACCAGUGGAUCCCAAAGACUUGGUCACCCUGGCAGGGUGACUGUCCAGAUAUAUUGCAACUCUCUGCCCCAGGUCUGUCCCCUUCCCUCCAGCUGGCAUUUCCUCAUGCCUGACUGUGCCAGGAAUUGCAGGCACCAACAUGGUCACUGCUUGUGGGGACCACUGGGCUGUUCCUAUAAGAUACUCCUCCAGGUUUCUUUUUGUAACAUUAGUUUUUUUCCCUGUGUUCAUGGGGUGGGUUGCUCUGCACCAGUGUUGUCUACUCACCUGCCUUGUCUUUCACUUAGGACUUGUGUCUUCCAGGGUCCAUGUAGUUGCCCAACUGGAGUUGCAGGGAGAGAUGUGGGUGCCUGACAGGGCAGGCCUGACUCCAGCCAUAGCAAGAGGGCCCUGGAGGGGGACUGGCCUUGGGAGGUGGGACCUGAGGGAUGGCUUCAUGUCAGGGCUGGGUUCACAUCCCACCAGGAACCUCUCUGGUGCCCAUUGUUGUUUUCAUGCCAAGGUCAGGGGCCAUAAUUUACUUCUAUCUUUUAAUCUCCAUUCUUGACAAUUUGCCCCUUUAUCAUUUCUAAUCUGACUUCUGGCCAGGGCUAAUCCAUGCCUGUCUGGCCUUCAGGUCUCCCCUGUUCCUCUCCACGGCUCCCUCAGAAGGGCUCUCCAACAUUGAGCUACACAUAAUGUAUUGGUGAGAUGUAGACAUAUUCUAAGCAGUACAUGAACACCAGCUACUUGGUUGCAGUUGAUUUCCCCUUUUGUUCAGUGUUCAUGUCACUAGCAGACAAGCCCCUGCUGAAAGCCAUUUGCAGAGAAGUGAGUUGGGAGACCCAGUCUCUUCUUCCUGUACUGCAUCCCACCUGUUUCCUUGCCCAUAGUAGACCUCCCCAUUGUAUGAUCUUGCCAGGCUCAGAACUGCACAGCAGACCCUUUCUUACCUCACUUCAGCCCCUUUGUCCUUCCAACAGUCCUAUGUACUAAUUCCUGGGUUUGUAAGAAGUACAUUUGUGAUAGGGCUGCCCCCUCCCACCAGAGGCUGCAUGCUUUCAGAUUGUUGGUUUUGAAUGAAGGAUGAGGAGGCACUUUCUCAAGGCGUGUUACAACUCAGGACUCCCAAGGCAGGUCCAACCACCCAGAAGGCCUACCCUUGUGGGAUGUGUGGCCCAGUCUUGAAAGACAUUUUGUACCUGUCUCAGCAGCAGGGAAUAUACCCCAGGUAGAAACUGCACAUGUGUGCAGCAUGUGUGAAACAACUCUGGUUCAGUGUAAGCAUUCACCAGCAACAGAAGCAGCACAGUGGAGAGAAACACUUAAGAAGGGUUGAGGACUGGCUUUUGUUUGUUAAGAAUUGCAGAGUCCACAUGUCAGAGAAUCCCUUUAUGUGUGGGGAUUGUAGGAAGGACCUCCUGCCCAGCUUGGGCCUUCUCCAGCACCAGACCACUCACAGCAAGGGGAAUUCACCUAGAAGCACUGAAUGCAGGGAGACUUUUCGCAAUGGAGAAGGGCAUUAUAGGUGAAUGUGGGAAAGCCUUUAGCCACAAAAAUAAGUUCGUUGAACACCAAAGAGUUAACACUGGAGAAAGACCUUAUCAGUGCGUUGAAUGUGGAAAUUUCUUCAGGCAUAACUCUAGACUUAUGGUACAGCAGAGAGUUCACAUGGGUGUAAGGCCUUAUGGGCACAGUGAAUGUGGGAAAGGCUACAGCAGAAGUUCACACCUUGUUUGGCAUAAGAAAGUUCACACUGGAAAAAGGCCUUAUGAAUGCAGCAAAUGUGGGAAAGCCUAUAGCAGCACACUUGUUCAACACCAGAGAGUCUACACUGGAGAAAGGCCUUAUGAGUGCAGCAAAUAUGGGAAACUGUUUAGCCAUAACUCCAGGCUUAUUGUACACCAGAGAGUUCACAGUGGAGCAAGGCCUUAUGAAUGCAGCAAAUGUGGGAAAGCCUUCAGCUAUACACACAGACUUGUUCAACAUCAGAAAAUUCACAGUGGAGAAAGAUCUCAUGAGUGUAGUGAAUGUGGUAAAGCCUUUAGCCAGGAAUACAGACUUGUCCAGCACCAGAAAAUCCACACUAGAGAAAGACCUUAUGCAUGUAGUGAAUGUGUGAAACGCUUUAGGCGAAGCUCUGGCCUUAUUGAACAUCAGAGAAUUCACACUGGGGCAAGACUUUAUAAGUGUAGUGAAUGUGGAAAAUUCUUUAGCCACAAAAUCACACUUGUUUGGCACCAAAGAAUCCACACUGGAGAAAGGCCUUGUAAGUGCACUGAAUGUAGGAAAUCCUUUAGCCAAAGUUCUGGCCUUAUUGUACACCAGAGAGUUCACACUGGUGAAAAGCCAUACGAGUGCAUAAAAUGGGAAUUGUUUUAGCCAAAGAUCCAGCCUCAUUUUACACCAGAGAGUUAACACUGGCAAAAAGCCUUAUGAGUGCAACGAAUGUGGGCAACCCUUCUGCCUUAAACCCACACUUGUUCAACACCAGAGACUACACACUGGAGAAUGGCCUUAUGAAUGCAGUGAAUGUGGGACAUUCUUUAGCCACAAGUCCAGCCUCAUUAAACAUCAGAGAAGUCACAUUGUAAAAAAAACCUUAAGCUAGUGGCCUUUCCUCAUUUGUUACCAGAAAGUUCAAACUGGAGAAAGGCCUCUGCAGUGCAGGGUGUUUGCUUGGUCAACGGGAAUGACACCAGGGAGAAGUUCUGACAGUAGUCUUUAUAAAGUAGCCAUCAACCAAAAGUUGUAUCUCACACAUCUGAACAUCCACAGUGGGGAGAUUUCCUAUGAGUGCCAGUUAUGUGGGAAGCUCUCAGGACCUGUAUUGCAGUUUGACCUGCUCAGGGCCCUUGCCUGAGUUAAAUCACUGCCAGUACCUGUGGCAGAAGCCAUCUCACCUCUGCCUUCUGGCUAAUGUGCAUCAGGUUACCCAGUGUGCCCAGGGAAGGCAGACCUCUGUACUCCCCCCUUCUCUGGAGGAAAUCAUGAGUGGUCUAAGGUCAUUGGAGGCAUAAUUACAUUCACACACUGGGUGUGAUUAGAGUUGGGGGGAGCGAGCUAAAGAGGAUGUACCCCAUCUGAAGUGCUUCCAGAAAUAUUCUGCUCACUAAAGCUGUGAGGGAUGAGCAUGUAUAGAUUCUCAGGACUUCUAGAUUUACAUUUUCUUCUAUGGACAAGGUCACCGGCAGAGCAAAUAAUCUUAAAGCUUUCUGGAUUCCUGGGGCUACUUGGGCUGUUUACCUGAAAGCCACUGUUAGACAGGCAAGAAAAUGGAGACUGAGAGAAGAGGGAUAUUGUAGUCCAAGAAUGUGACUUUUGUGACUCACAGUCUUUAUUGCUUGCUAUUCUUUCCUUCCAUUGAAGUAGGGGUGUCCCACCAGAGGGCUGAGAAUAGUUAUGGUCAAGUCAAUAUGUUUGUCAAAUAUUCCAGUUCUUCAAGAGAAGCAGGAGAUUCAGAUUUUUUGAAACUGUGUACAUUUAAAGUGUAAAAUGUGAUGUUUUGUCAUGUAUGGGCAUUAUACAUAUAUGAUUUAAUGAUAUUUAACAAAUGAUAUUUAACAAAUUUAACAAAUUCAUCACCCUCCAAGUUACCUUAUCCUCCUUUAUAAUCCCUCCUGUCCUCCCGCCCUAGCUCCCCAUUCUCAUGUCUUUCACUAAAAACUUCCAAUUCUAGAAUUUUGUAUAAAUGGAAUAACAAGAUGUUUACUCUUCUUUGCCUUUUUUUCCUCCACGUAUCAUAAUUAUUUUCAGCUUUCUCCAUGUUGCAUGUAUGGGUACUUUAUUUGCUUCAUUAGAGAGUAGUAUUUACUUGAUGGAUAUAUCACAAUUUGUUUUUCUAUUAAUCUUUUAAUGGACAUUUGGAUUGAUACUAGUUUGGAGUUACUGCAAAUAAAGCUGCUAUGGACAUUCAUGUACUAGGCUUUCUCUUGGGUUUGUCAACUUGAAAAACACAACAUAAGAGUUGUGAGUUUAAGUUUUAUUCAGGGUCUUACUGAGGACUGUAGCCCAGGAGACAGCUCUGAGG